AUGAAAAUAGGAAAACAUGUCUUCGUCUGCCAUACUUUUAUAAUUUCUCUCUUUUUCAAGUCCUUCACCUUUUUAAAAACAUAUUUCUUGAUUUAUUUUGUUCGGAAUGAUUAUUCCUUCAUUUUCUUUUGGUUAUUUGUUUGCUUUCUAUAUACUGAUUAUUUCUCUUCGCCUGUCACUUAUUUUCGUUUCUUCUUCUUCUUCUUCUUCUUCUUCUUCUUCUUCUUCUUCUUCUUCUUCUUCUUCUUCUUCUUCUUCUUCUCCUCCUCCUCCUCCUCCUCCUCCUCCUCCUCCUUCUUCUCCUUCUUCUUCUUCUUCUAUUAUUCAAUUUUCGUCUCUCUGUCUUCUUCAUUUGUUCUGAUUCCUAUUGUUAUCGCUCUUUUUUCUUCUUCUGCUUCCCCCUCUUCUUCUCCUCUAUACUUCCUUCCUUCCUUCUUUUCUUCAUUCGUACCAUCCUUCCUUCCUUUAUUCCUGCCAUAUUACUUCCUUCCUUUAUUCCUGCCAUAUUACUUCCUUCCUUUAUUCCUGCCAUAUUACUUCCUUUCUUUCUUUCUUUCUUUCUUUCUUUCUUUCUUUCUUUCUUUCUUUCCUUCCUUCCUUCCUUCCUUCUACCCAUCCAUCAUUCCUUCCUUCUUUCCCUUGAGUGUGACAUGUUUCUGUCUACUUGUCAAAUUCCGUUUUCCUUUAUUUUUGUUUUGUUUUUUCUAUUUGCUUCCUUUCUUUCUCUGGAUUUUUAUUUCUGUCUCUCUUUUCGAAUUUCUUUCUUCACUUUAUUUCUUUCAUUUUUAUUUUCUUUUUUUCCCUUUUAAUUUGAAUUUUCACUGUUUUUCUUCUGAUCAUUCAUUCUUUCUUUUACUAUUUUCUCUUUCUCUCCCUACUUACCAUUUCUCUCAAUUUGUUUUCUUAUUCGUCUCUCUCAAUAUUUCUCUUAUAUCCGGGUCUCUUACAUCCGGGUUACACUGUAUUAUUCUUUUUUUUCUUUUUUUUUUUCUUUCUUUCUUUAUUUCGCUUUUAUUUUUCUCAUUACUCUCUCAGAGUUCUCUUUUCUUUCUUUUUCUCUUUCUUUUUGUAUUUAUCCUCAUUUUUUUCUUUUUCUCUUUCUUUUUGUAUUUAUCCUCAUUUUUUUUCUUUUUCUCUUUCUUUUUGUAUUUAUCCUCAUUUUUUUUUUUUUCUCUUUCUUUUGUAUUUAUCCUCUUUUUCUUUUUUCUUUUUUUUUGUAUUUAUCCUCAUUUUUUUUUCUUUUUCUUUCUUUUUGUAUUUAUCCUUUUUUUUUUUUUUCUUUCUUUUGUAUUUCAUCCUUUUCUUUUUUUUUCCUCUUUUUUUUUUUUUUUUUUUUGUAUUUAUCAUCAUUUUUUUCUUUUUCUCUUUCUUUUUGUAUUUAUCCUCAUUUUUUUCUUUUCUCUUUCUUUUGUUUUAUUUUUUUUUUUUCUUUCUUUUUGUAUUUAUCCUUUUUCUUUUUUAUUUUUUCAUUUUUUUUUUUUUCUUUCUUUUGUAUUUAUCAUGAUUUUUUUUUUUCUUUCUUUUUGUAUUUAUCCUCAUUUUUUUUUCUUUUUUUCUUUCUUUUUGUAUUUAUCAUCAUUUUUCUUUUUUCUUUCUUUUGUAUUUAUCCUCAUUUUUUUUUUUUUUUCUUUCUUUUUGUAUUUAUCCUCAUUUUUCUUUUUUUUUUCUUUUUGUAUUUAUCCUCAUUUUUUUUUUUUUUCUUUCUUUUUUGUAUUUAUCCUCAUUUUUUUUUUUUUUUCUCUUUCUUUUGUAUUUAUCCUCAUUUUUUUUUUUUUUUUCUUUUUUGUAUUUAUCUUUUUGUAUUCUUUUUGUAUUCAUCAUUUUUUUUUUUUUUUCUUCUUUUUGUAUUUAUCCUCUUUUUUUUUUUUUCUUUUGUAUUUAUCCUCAUUUUUUCUUUUUCUCUUUCUUUUUGUAUUUAUCCUCAUUUUUUUUCUUUUCUCUUUCUUUUUGUAUUUAUCCUUUUUUUUUUUUUUUUUUUCUUUUUGUAUUUAUCCUCAUUUUUUUUCUUUUUCUCUUUCUUUUUGUAUUUAUCCUCAUUUUUUUCUUUUUCUCUUUCUUUUUGUAUUUAUCAUCAUUUUUUUUUUUUUCUUUCUUUUUUGUAUUUAUCCUCAUUUUUUUUUUUUUUUUUAUCAUCAUUUUUUUUUUUUCUCUUUCUUUUUGUAUUUAUCCUCAUUUUUUUCUUUUUCUCUUUCUUUUUGUAUUUAUCCUCAUUUUUUUUCUUUUUCUCUUUCUUUUUGUAUUUAUCCUCAUUUUUUUUCUUUUUCUCUUUCUUUUUGUAUUUAUCCUCAUUUUUUUUUUUUUUCUUUUCUUUUUCUUUUUUCUUUCUUUUGUAUUUAUCCUCAUUUUUUUUUUUUUUUCUUUUUUUGUAUUUAUCCUCAUUUUUUCUUUUUCUUUUUUUGUAUUUAUCCUCAUUUUUUUUUUUUUUUUUCUUUUUUUGUAUUUAUCCUCUUUUUUCUUUUUCUCUUUCUUUUUGUAUUUAUCCUCAUUUUUUUUCUUUUUCUCUUUCUUUUUGUAUUUAUCAUCAUUUUUUUCUUUUUCUCUUUCUUUUUGUAUUUAUCCUCAUUUUUUUCUUUUUCUCUUUCUUUUUGUAUUUAUCCUCAUUUUUUUCUUUUUCUCUGUCUUUUUGUAUUCAUUUCAUUUUUUUUUUCUUUUCUUUUGUAUUUAUCCUCAUUUUUUUUCUUUUUUCUUUUUUUUUGUAUUUAUCCUCAUUUUUUUUUUUUUUCUUUUGUAUUUAUCCUCAUUUUUUUUUUUUCUUUUCUUUUUUUGUAUUUUCCUCAUUUUUUUUUUUUUUUUUUUUUUUAUCCUCAUUUUUUUCUUUUUCUUUUUUUUUUUGUAUUUAUCCUCAUUUUUUUUCUUUUUUCUUUCUUUUGUAUUUAUCCUCAUUUUUUUUUUUCAUUUUUUCUUUUUUUCUUUUUGUAUUUAUCCUCAUUUUUUCUUUUUCUCUUUCUUUUUGUAUUUAUCCUCAUUUUUUUCUUUUUCUCUUUCUUUUUGUAUUUAUCCUCAUUUUUUCUUUUUCUCUUUCUUUUUGUAUUUAUCCUCAUUUUUUUUCUUUUUCUCUUUCUUUUUGUAUUUAUCCUCAUUUUUUUUUUUUUUUUUCUUUUUUUGUAUUUAUCCUCAUUUUUUUUUUUUCUUUCUUUUUAUUUAUCCUCAUUUUUUUUUUUUUGUCUUUUUGUAUUUAUCCUCAUUUUUUUUUUUUUUCUUUCUUUUUGUAUUUAUCCUCAUUUUUUUUUUUUUUUUUUUCUUUUGUAUUUUUUUUUUUUUUCUUUUUUCUUUCUUUUGUAUUUAUCCUCAUUUUUUUUUUUUUUUUUCUUUUUGUAUUUAUCCUUUUUUUUUUUUUUUUUAUUUAUUUCUCCUCUUUUCAUCCUUUUUUUUUUAUUUUUUGCUUUUUUUUCUAUUCAUUUUUUUUUUUUUUUCUUUUUUUCAUUUGAUUUUCCUCAUUUUUUUUUCUUUUUUUUUUUACUAUUUCUUUUUUUGUAUUUAUCCUUUUUCCUAUUUUUCUUCUUUUUCUAUUCACUUUUUUUCUUUUUUUUUUUUCAUUCGAUUUCCUUUUUCUGUCUUUUUUUUUUUUUUUUUUUCCUCCUUUUUUUCUUCUUCCCAUCCACUUUUCUUUCUUUUUCUCUUUCUUUUUCUCUUUCUUUUUGUAUUUAUCCUCUCUUUUUCUUUCUUUUUCUCUUUAUCCUCUUUUCUCUUUUUCUUCUUUUGCUCUUUCUGUCUUCACGCUUUUUUCUUUCUUUUUCUCAUUCAUAUUUUAUUCUUUUUGUUUUUUUCUUUUUCUCUUUAUCCUCUUUUCUUUUUUUCUCUUUCUUUUUGUCUUCAUUGUCUUUCCUUUCUUUUUUAGUAGUUUUCUAUCAAUUUCUCUUUAUCCUUUAUUCUUUCUGUUACGGGACCUUACCCAUAAUAUCUUUCUUCUUUAUUGGUUCUACCUUGGACUAUCACCGUGGUACAAGGAACCGGACCAUAACACUUUCUUUUACUCUAUUUCCUCUUUUCUUUUUCCUUUCUCUAUAUUUUCUCUUUACGAUCUUUUUAUUCCUCUUUAUUCUUCCUGAUUCUAACUUUUUUCUGCUUCUUCUUUUUUUUCUUUCUUUUUCUUUCUUUUUGCAGAGGUAA